AUGCAGCAAUGCCGGGCAGCGACCAUCAGCAGCAGCAACAGCAGCAGCAACAGCAACAGCAGCAGCAACGACAGCAGCAGCAGCAGCAGAGAUAUCUGCAAUGAUUUAUUGUACGCCGCAGCAGCAGCUGCAGCCGCCGUAUCAGCUGUCGGCAGCAGCAGCAGCAACGACGCCAAGAGCAGCAGCGACACCAACAGCAGCAGUGACACCAGCAGCAACAACACCAGCAGCAACAGCAGCAGCAGCAGCAGCAGCAGCAGCAGCAGCACGGAGUACUGCAUAGGCCGUAUAGAGUCUGCAGCAAUUGUGUCUGAGCCCCCCGCCUCUGGUUUGGGUGCAAUCAAAGGAGGGAGGAAACACCUCCUCCUCACAUACACCUGUCCAUACACCCCAACAGACAUACAGCAGCACCAGCAGCAGCAGCAGCAACAGCAGCAGCAGCAGCAGCAGCAGCAAGAGCAGCAGCAGGAAGCAGACGGUCACGUGUCUGGCCAGCUGAAGCUGUUGCUUCCGAAGCAGAAACACUCAAAUUCAGCAGCAGCAGCAGCAGCAGCAGCAGCAGCAGAAACAGAAGCAGCAGCAGCAACAGAAGCAUCAGCAGCAGCAACAGAAACAUCAGCAACAGAAAAAGAAACAGCAGCAGCAGCAGCAGCGGAAACAGAAGCAGCAGCAGCAGCAGCAGAAGCCAGUGUGCGUGUGGUGUCAGUGGAGGAUCUGUGUUGGGGUGUACGCGCAGGUGAUUUGUUGUUAUUUAUAAAACAACACAAUUCUAUAAACCCUCUCAAACCCCUCAUCCUUCUACACCCCAACCAAACCCUAGACAAAACCCCCAACACACAAACCCUAAAGCCCCUGGGGGCCCCCGAGGGGCCCUCAGAAACCACGGGGGCCCCCGGGGCCCCCCCAAACCAAAAGGGGGCCCCUCAGGGGCCCCCAGAAACCACAGGGGCCCCCCAAGUUCCCGCAGAGGGUACAGGGGGGCCCCCCGGGGGAGCGACUCCUGGGGGCCCCCAGGGGGCCCCCAGCGGAUGUGAGGGGGGCCCCUGGAGAGGGAGCUUAGGGGUUUGGAGCGAAGGCAGAGGGAAUUCGGGGGCCCCCGAGUUGGCUGUUGGGGGCGGGCUGAUGCUGCUGGGGGCCCUGAAGGUGUUUCUACGCACUGUGCUUAAGAGGGUUUAG